AUGUCCCCGCAGAGGGAAGAGGCGCGGCGGGAACACAUCCAGCUGCACAUGGAGGGCGCGCUCAGGGCGCGCGACCGCGUCGGGGUGCAGGACUUCGUGUUGCUGGACGCGCACACCAGCGAGGCCGCCUUCCUGGACAACCUGCGCAAACGCUUCCACCACAACCUCAUCUAUACCUACAUCGGGACCCUCCUCGUGUCUGUGAAUCCAUACCAGGAGCUCGGGAUCUAUACCGUCAGCCAGAUGGAGCUGUAUCAGGGCGUCAACUUCUUUGAACUUCCACCACACGUCUAUGCUAUCGCGGACAAUGCUUACCGCAUGAUGUGCUCGGAGCUCAGCAAUCACUUCAUCCUCAUCUCCGGGGAGAGCGGGGCCGGCAAGACCGAGGCCUCCAAGAAGAUCCUGCAGUAUUUUGCGGUGACCUGCCCCAUGACCGAGUCUCUGCAGGUGGCCCGUGACAGGCUGCUGCUCUCCAACCCCGUGCUGGAGGCUUUUGGAAACGCCAAGACUCUCCGGAAUGACAACUCCAGCCGAUUUGGGAAAUACAUGGACAUCCAGUUUGAUUUUAAGGGCGUCCCCGUGGGCGGCCACAUCAUCAGCUACCUGAUCGAGAAGUCGCGGGUGGUGCACCAGAACACAGGCGAGCGCAACUUCCACAUCUUCUAUCAGCUGCUGCAGGGCGGCGGCCAUGAGCUGCUCAGCCGCCUGGGUCUCGAGCCGGACCCCCAGCUCUACCGCUACCUCUCACAGGGUCACUGUGCCAGAGAAUCAUCUAUCGACGACAAGAAUGACUGGAAAACCGUCUCCAACGCCUUUUCCAUCAUCGACUUCACUGAGGACGACCUGGAGAACCUCUUUGGAAUAAUUGCCAGCGUCCUGCACUUGGGGAACAUACGUUUUGAAGAGAACCCACAAGGCUGUGCCAUUAUCCCCCACAGCCAUGAGAUUAAGUGGGUCGCCAAGCUCCUGGGGGCCCCGCCGUCCAUCCUCCUGGAAGCUCUCACCCACAGAAAGAUCGAAGCCCAAACUGAGGAGGUGGUGUGUCCCCUGACUCUGGCCCUGGCCCUGUAUGCCCGGGACGCUGUGGCCAAGGCCGUGUACGAGCGGGCCUUCACCUGGCUGGUGAGCAAAAUCAACUCGUCGCUGGUGAACAAGGACUUCACCAAGAAAACUGUCAUCGGCUUGCUGGACAUCUACGGGUUUGAAGUUUUUGACAAGAAUGGUUUUGAACAGUUCUGCAUCAACUACUGCAACGAGAAGCUGCAGCAGCUGCUGAUUGAGAGGACGCUGAAGGCAGAGCAGGCAGAGUACAAGCUGGAGGGCAUCGAGUGGGAGCCAAUUCAGUACUUCAACAACAAGAUCAUCUGUGACUUGGUGGAGGAGAGACACAAAGGGAUCAUUUCUAUCCUGGAUGAGGAGUGCAUCCGGCCUGGGCCCGCCACGGACCUGAGCUUCCUGGAGAAGCUGGAGGAGAAAGUGGGCCGGCAUGCGCACUUCCAGACCCGGAAGCUGGCGGAUCCGAAGGGCAGGAAGCGGAUUGGCUGGAUGGACUUCUGUCUCUUCCACUACGCGGGGGAGGUCACCUACUGCACCAGAGGGUUCUUGGAGAAAAACAAUGACCUCCUCUACAGACACCUGAAAGAGGUGCUCUGCAGGUCCAGGAACCCCAUUCUCAGCGAGUGCUUCCUUCCGGCUGAGCUGAAGAACCGGAGACGGCCGCCCACGGUGGGGACUCAGUUUAAAAACAGUCUGAGCAGCCUCCUGGAGAUUCUCACUGCCAAGGAGCCCUCCUACAUCCGGUGCAUCAAGCCCAAUGAGCAGAAAGAGCCCAGCAAAUUCGACGACUUCCUCAUCAGACACCAGGUCAAGUACCUGGGGCUGAUGGAGCAUCUGCGGGUCAGGAGGGCCGGCUUCGCGUACCGGCGGAAGUACGAGCAUUUCCUGCAAAGGUACAAGUCCCUGUGCCCAGACACCUGGCCACACUGGCACGGGCCCGCGGCAGAGGGCGUGGAGCGGCUUGUCAAGUACAUUGGCUACAAGCCUCAGGAGUACAAGUUAGGCAGAACCAAGAUCUUCAUCCGCUUUGCCAGGACUCUGUUUGCCACUGAAGAUGCCUUUGAAUUUAGUAAGCACCAGCUAGUUGCAAGAAUCCAGGCCACAUACAAAGGCUGCCAGGAGAGAAGAACUUAUCUGACCAAGAGACAGGCUGCCAUCAGACUUGAAACCAACUGGCGGAGGGUCCUAGCACAGAAGGAGGCCAACAGGAGAAAGUGGGCCGUGGGGAUUAUAAGGAAGUUCAUAAAGGGGUUCAUCACCCGCAACAAGCCCCUCAGUGCCGACAAUGAGGACUUCAUCGGCUUGGUGCAGAAGAAUUACAUCUUGAACCUUCGGUACCACGUCCCAAAGAACGUGUUGGACAAGAGCUGGCUGAGGCCGCCCGGCAUCCUACAAAACGUCUCCGAUCUGCUCAGGGCAAUGUGCAUGAGGAACCUGGUCCGGAAGUACUGCCGGGGAAUCUCGGCCGAGAAGAGGGCUCUGAUGCAGCAGAAGGUGGUGACGAGUGCCGUGUUCAGGGGGAGGAAAGACGGUUACGUGCAAAGCUUACAUCAGCCCUUUGCCAGCAGUCGGAUCGGUGACGAGGACAUUAAUCCCAAAAUAGUUCAACUCAUCAGCUGUGAGAAAAUCCAGUAUGGGAUCCCGGUCAUUAAAUACGACCGGAAGGGCUUCAAGGCACGGCAACGACAGCUCAUUCUGACUCGGAAAGCAGCCUACGUGGUGGAACUGGCCAAAAUCAAGCAGCGGAUCGCAUACUCGGCUCUCAGAGGUGUCUCCACCAGCAGCCUGAGUGAUGGGCUCCUAGUCCUCCACGUCUCCGGAGAGGACAAGCAAAAGGGCGAUGCCAUCUUACAGUGUGAACACAUAUUUGAGGUCGUCACCAAACUCGUCAUGCUGGCCAAGAAGGAGAACCUUGUCAGUGUUGUCCAGGGCAGUUUACAGUUCUCUAUCAGUCCCGGAAAAGAAGGCACAAUCGUCUUUGACACUGGACCAGAGGAACAAAUCUAUAAAGAUAAAAACGGACAGUUAGCAGUGGUGAGUGGCUGUCUGGGAAAGGAGGAGGCAGAGGAGGCAGCUUUAUGUGAGAACAGGGUUUAAACUUCACCCCUCCCAGGGGGACUGAGACCAUCAGAUACUUUACUUGCCACAGCUGAGAAACAGGGAACAGUAGGUGUGAGAGGUCUAGAUGCAGACACUAAGUGAAAAGGCACAGACAGUAAAGUCUGCCUGCGUUGCUGAG